ACUGUGCGCCGCGAUGGGGCCGCGCUGGGUGCUGCUGGCCGCGCUGCUCCGCGCCGCGGGCGGACGGGUGAGUGCGGGGGGCGGCGGGGCGGGCGGGGGGCGGCGAGUGCAGCUCCGAGUGCAGCUCCGAGUGCUUCGGGAGCCUCGGUCAGCGCUUCCAAGCUUCAGCCGAGCUCCCCCCCGCUCCCUUUGGCUUUGCCGGUGUUGUUUUCUAGCUUCCCGAAGCCUCCGCAAAAGGGUUUGCUUGUGUUUUCGUUGGAAAUGAGUGGGUUUUUCAGGCUCUGUCCGUAUGGGAUGCCGGCGGUUAAACAGGAAGAGCUCGUCGUGCUCUGCUGCAUCCCUCGCACCAUCCCUAUUUACACAGCAGAGCCCUUGGAUGUACUUGUAAGACUGAUGUGAUGCAGCUGUGGCUGCUCUCUGCUGUUACUGAAUUCUGUGGUUAAAGGAGUCCUUCAGCUGUUUAAACCAAAGAGCUCAGUGGGAUCCUUGAUCGGGUAUAUGCUGUGCUGAUACAUCAAAAACCUUUUUCCAUCUGAUUUUAAAGUGCACGAGAGUGUGAAGAUAAAUGUGGGAAGACCUUAGAGACCAUAGAACCACAGAAUGGUUUGAGAUGGGAGGGACCCUGAAGGCCAUCAGGUCCAACCCCCGCACUGAGCAGGGACACCCACAGCUCCAUCAGUGCUCAGAGCCCCAUUCCCUGACCUCGGGUGUCUGCACCACCUCUCUGGGCAGUCUGUGCAGUGCCUCACCUCGCUUCUUCCUUACAUCCAACCUGAAUCUCCCCCCUUUUAGUUGGAAGCUGUUUCCUCUUGUCCUGUUGCUCAGAGUCUGUCCCAGCUCAUUGGGUUUUUUAUGCCCUGUGUGUCAUUUCCAUGUUUCUUUCAUCACAGUUGUUGAGUCUUAGGUAAGGCAAAGGCUGGGUUCAGCCCUGGGUUGUAUGGUGGUACUGUGGAUGGUGGAACGUGUUCACUACGUGGCUGCAUGUGGCUCUGAGCACAGAUGGAGCUGUGGGUGUCCCUGUUCCUUCCAGUGUAGUUGGAGUUCAUAGCCUUUAAGAGUCCCUUCCAAAUCACGUGAUCCUAUAAUUCCAAAUACCUCAGACACAGUAGGGUAGGAUGGGUGUGGGAGUCUCAGAACUAUGAUAGACCUUCUCACCAAAAAGUGAGCUUGGAGAUUUGUCGUGCCUCUUGCUGCCACCCUCAACAGAGGGCUCAUGUUCAGAAGGAGCUAACUCUUCUCUCACUCUUAACAUGAUGCUAUCAUGGUAAAGAGCAUGGAGGAGAGCUUCAGUGUCUCUUUUUGCAUGGCCCUCGGGCUCCUGGCAAACCAAAUGCUGCGAAUGUUCACUGCACAUCAGCUUUUACUCAAUUAAAGGGAACAGAUUUUAUCUUUGAAGGAGAAAAGCUGGCAAAGCAAUAGCUCCUGAGUGACACGCUUUUUCUUGUUUUCCCCCACCUAACUUAUCUGAAAGGAGGAGGGCUGUGGGGCACCUGAAGCUUUCUGUUAUACAUACCCUCCCAUAGGAUGGGAGAACAGUUCCAAUCACGGACCUUAAUCUUAACCCAAUCUUGCAGUGAAGGAAAGCAACUUUGAAAGAUUUAUGCUCUGAGUCUCUCUAGUAAAGCCUGACGUCCUGGUACAGCUCCCACUGAUUUGGGUGAGAAUUGCAGUUAUUUAAGACAACCUCAGUCUUCCAUUGAAUCCUUUCUCUAAGUGACCAAUAUUCACAUUUUCUGUAGAAUUUUGUGGGUUUUUUUUUUUUUUUUUUCCUGUCUUUAGCACAUUUGGUGGCUCAGCAAGUGGUAUCUCUGUACUUUGAGACCUUUCCAUAGCAACAGAUUUUUACAUCAGUCUUUGGUGACUUCAUUGUGGUUUCACAUGCGUUAAGAAUGUCAGAUGCCAGACGCAGUUCCUGUUCAAGCUGCUUUGUUUGACAGCUUCAGUUUGAAGACUGAAGGAGGAAAGGUGUAGAAAUGUGACUUAGAGUUAAAAAAAAAACAUGGCUAAAUCUCUUUGUUUUAGAUGACUGCAUUGAGUGAAACUGAAAGUUAUAUCAAUGGCUGAAUAUAUAUAUAUCAUAAGCAUGUUUUAUUUCUAGUAUUGAAGUUCUUAAAUUGAAUUACAGAUGAAGCCCAUGGGUAUGAGCUGUAAGGCAGGAGGUAAUAGAAAUAAUUUCUGCUCUAAUUAGCAUUGAGCACUUAGAGAAUGCUUUUCGUUGUCACAUGCCAUGAUUUCUGGUCUUGGCCUUCCUCACCCAUGUGUAGAGUUGUGUUCUCAUUCCCUUUAGUUCUGGAGAAGUCUGAAUUCCCAUCAUGACUCAGGCUUGGCUCUAGCACAGAUAUUGGGCUCUCGGUUGUGGUUGACCUCCAUACAUAGGCCUUCACCCUUCACUUGUGCUGUUCCACACUGCAGCUGCAGCCCUGUAAGUCGUGAGGCAGUGAUGUACUCUGCUAAUUUAUCUCCCAGUGGGUAGGAUAGAGGAAAUCUUGGAAAAAAAUUGUGCAGAAAUGCUUAGAAGAGUCAGCAGUGACCUCUUAGGUGAACGGAGGCUGCUUUUAGUCCUUUCCUCUCCAGUAACAAAUCAUGUCUCAUGGAAGUCUGUAGUGCAGAUGGGAAAGUGAUGCAAACAACGCAGCAGCCCUGGAGAGAGGAUCUUGAGUAAUUGGCUUUUUGGAUGUAACUUCUCAGUUAUUGCCUAAUACACAGGCAUUGCAAAAAUCUCUCCAGUGAGUUGUGCAGUCAAGGGUGAGCCCAGAACUUGAUAUUUUGGGCAGUCUCUCAUCUUUCUUGUGCUAUCCCAGCACUAAGACGUGUUGUCUAACCUGACUGAUUUGCAUUGCAGUGGAAAUGCUUACUAAUGCUUGUGCCUCUGCUGUUAGGUGGAUGAAGCAUUUCACCUUCCAAUUGCACCUGUCAAAUUAAAUGAAGUCUUCCAAAUCCCAUAACCCAGCAGUGGGUUGGAUAUAAGGAAGAGAUGCUUCUGCAAAAGAGUGGUCAGGCACUGGCAUGGGCUGCCCAGGGAGGUGGAAGGGAUCAAGAAUCAUGGAGAUGUGGCACUAAGGGGACAUGGCUUUGUGGGCAGUACUGGGUUGGAUGGUUGGACUGGAUGGUCUUAGAGGUCUUUUAUAACCUUAUUAAUUCUAUGGUUAGUUGGCAAGAAAUUGUCAACUGCGCGCCAUUGAGAACCACAGCUCAGCAGUUAAACUUUCAGAGUUGUUAUCGGUCAGCAGAAAUAUCCUUUCAAGCACAAGUUAAGAGGAACAGAUAUGACCCAUUGACCAGCAGUUUUUCCUGUGCCUGGAACUCAGUAAUUGCAGCAGAGAGCACAGAGGAUGCGAUAACAACAUUUUUUUGCCGGGAAGCCUCACCAGCAGGAUAACCUGUGAUGUGGUUUGGUGCUGCUCCUUCUCUCUCUCGCUCUCUCUCUUUUUUUUUUUCUUUUUUGUAUGUGUUUUUAGUGAAGUUUUCCUCUUUAAAAAGGCUCUUAAGUGUGUGCAUUAAUGAAGCUUAUCAUAGCAACAGCAAAAAUGCAACUUUGACCUUUCUUUAAUAAGCGAAAGAACAUCAAAUAGUUUUGAUGGUAACAGAGCCCCUUUCCUGCCCUUCAGCAGAGUACAUUAUCAGCUCACAUUUGCAAAUAGUGUGGUACCCCUGUUACUCAUUGCCUGUUACCAACGUCAGCAUUAACAGUCGUCAGAGAACCUAUAAGGUAUUAAAAAGCCUCAUUUUUUUUGUUAUCUCAUUAAUAAUGUUGAAGCCAACCUCAUGGUUCUGCUUCAAAGUCUUCAGUCCUUGUGCCAAAGCCCCUUUAACUUGGUUUUCUUUGCUGGAAGCUGCAUUUCAAGAUGCUGCAUAAAAGAUUUGUUGGGUUCCCAUUGAGCAAUGGCUGAGAGUGCCAAGUGUUAAGUCUACUUUGCCACUAAUGUGGAAACACAGUAGAUAAUCAGCAUGUUUCUUUCAGUAAGGAGGAAGGAUAUUUUCAUUACCGGCCUCCAAGGGGCUCGUUCCUGUUUUGAUUUCUCUUUUUCAUAAUAUUUUUUAAGUACUUCUCUAGGCGUGUGUAGGUUAUACAUGGAACAAUCUCCUCAGCCCUCAGAAAUCAGCGCGGUGUUGUGUAUGCUUUGAACAGCUCCUUUCUGAUCUAGCAGGAAACUCCUACACUUAUGCCACCUAACGCUUGCUUCUUUUCUCUUGCUCAAAAAUGCAUCUCCCCACGAUCCCAAAGAAUUAUUCACUGCCUUAUACACCACAGUCUGCACAAUGCAGAAACCCCAGCACUGAAUUCUACGAGGAAAGGCUUAAGAAAUGUUGCAGCAAAUGCCCUCCAGGUCAGCGUAAGGCAGAGAGCUGCAGUCACAGCGUGGACACAAAGUGCAUCCCUUGUUUACCUGACACCUAUACAGCCGUCUGGAAUCGGUCUCCUCAGUGCUUUGCUUGCUCUCCGCCUUGCAGGAAAGGAUUUGUAGAGAAUCAAACGUGCACGCUGUCAUGGGACAGGAUCUGCAGCUGCCCACCCAACGAGUACUGCAUUUCAAAAAUGUACCAAAACUGCCACAUAUGUAAAGUGCAUAAAAAAUGUGGGAGAGGUUACCGAGUGUCCAGAAGAGGAACAGAUAGCACAGACACAGAAUGUAAGCCCUGUCCCCCUGGCACUUUUUCAGAUGAGGAAUCUUAUGAUACCAGCUGUAUACCACAUACAGUUUGUAAAUCAGUGGCUGUUGCAGGAAACAAUGUGAAUGACACUGUGUGCCAUGACUCAGUUGCCACAGCUCUACCUCACACUGCUGUAAACUUCCUCCCGAGCCAAAGCUCAACUACCAACAGUGGUGAAAUAAUAACACAGCCUGUCAUUCUAAACUUUGUGCCUGACAUGUCCUACAUCAUUGGAUCAGUAACAGGGCCGUUCCUAUUGGUCCUGAUAAUUGCUGUUUUGGGGUAUUGUUUGUUCUCCAAAAAAAAAGCCCUUGCCUACUCACAGCCAACUGGAGCAGUGGAUUCGCCUUUUUCCCCUACAGAAAAGCAGUGUGACAAAAAAGUAAGAAAUGCAGGAUCGCAGAACUCCAGCAGUUCUGAACAGGAGGAGCAGCAUCUCUUGGAAACUCCUGGCUCAAGCGGCAGCUCCCUGGAUAAUGCAGCUGGAUCUGAAAGACUCAGUGUAAUAAAUAACAAAGACAGUGAUAAGAAAGAAAGUUUUCAACAGCAUUAUUUAGCUACGGAAGGGUGUAAACUUCACUGUGGAGACAGGCACAGCUCUGCAAGUUCAGAACUCUCAGGUAGUGGAGGAACGCAGGUGAAUGUGACUUGUAUUGUUAAAGUAUGUAAUCCAGAUUGUGGCUCCCAGUUUCCAGAACAGACUGGUCCAACUAGCACAGAUUAUGGAAGCGCACAAUGUUCUCCAACAGGAGGAGAAGUUCUCCUUUCAAAAGAAGAAAAACCCCUGAAAAAAGAAACUGAAAUUCAGAUAUUGGUGGAAGCCAAGGACAAUUUACUUCAGGAUUUACUUCUGGAUGCAAAGAAGUUUCCUCUGAGUGUUCAAGAUAUGGGGAUGAAAACUGUUUAAAGGAAAUGACAGAUUUUAUACUGAUUGACUGAUAAUCAGAUCAGCCCUUAUGUUCCCAACGAAAUGUGUUAAAUGUAGCAUUUCUACAGAGAUUUGAAAUCUUAGAGGAAUAUAGACAUUUGUUUUUUGAGGUUUUUAAUCUCUUCUUUGUCAGCUUUGAGAGUCAAAAGAUGAGCGUUGCAAUUUUGAACAAGUUACUGCUUUUUAAUGCUUUUUCUCAUAAACUGAAUGGCCAACUCCUCCCUUCCUUCCAUGAUAUCCUGAAGAAACCUUUAAUAGCUUCAGAAAGAAAAUAUUUUUCUAACUUCAUGUCAUCAACUUUUCUCCUGAGACUUCUUGUGAUGACACUCUGGGUUCAAGUCAUGACGGUAACCACACUUCUGAAACAGCCUCCCGGAGGUUUCUCUUAUUAUGUUUCUCUUAUUAUUACAGUUUGUUUUCUCUCAUUGUUGGACCAAUAACCCUUAAGUGUAUCAAGGAAUGUCAACUUUUACAGGAGCUUUUUUUUAUGAUUGUUUUUUGCUAGGUUAUGAAGAUCACGUCUAAACAAUAGCAUUAUUUCAUUUAGCUGUGCAUAGUUCAUUUUAGUUUAGAAAAGAACAUGUAGAUUUUCUUUGAGUAGGAAAUAAUUUCCUUAUAUUGACAGCUCUACAAUCUGUCAUUUUUGCGUUCUGACUGAUUUCAUAUGGUUUUCUCAUUGAUUCUGACCUCGUUUUUGAGGUUGUAAAAGUAAACCAUCAACCCCAAAUACUUUUUUCUGCAUUGCAGUGGAUAAUAGAGACGAUCCAGAUGGAUAUGUAUGCUAGGCAGCUCACCCCCACCCAUCUCAGGUAAUGAACUCUCUCUUGAAGGUUGUGUAGGGUAAUCUAUAAAAACUGGAAGUGACUCAGACCUCAGAACCAGAAAAUCCUGUUUCAUCCUUCACUUGUUGCUCAGUGCUGAGAUCCAUCCACCCACUUCUUAUAGAAAAUCAGUAGAACAACAUCUCUACGAAUGCAGAUGAGAAUCAGGCUUUUAAAACACAUACUUUAAACUUGCAUAUAACCCAAGAGGUUUAUUAGUACUUAUAGAACUGAGAACUGACAAAUAGGUCUUUCAUCCCACUAUGAAGAAACUUUUUACAACUUCAUAUUAAACUUGAAGGUCGUUUUCAGAAAAGACUUUGAAGAUGGAAACACAAACUAUUGGAAAAAAAUGAAGGAUCUGCACAAAAAACAAACAAACAAACAAAAAACCCAACAAAACCAACAAACAAAACCUGGUUUUGUAUAAUGGCUUGACCCUUUUCUGUUGUACUUGUAUUUGUUAAGAAAAAGAUAAAUAGUGUGUUUUUAUACUUACAUCUUUGUUUUCUACCUCCCUACUAAACCAAAAUUCUGCUUUUUAGAAUGGGUUGUUUCAUUCUAUAGGCUAAACCAUUGCUUUUAAAGGAAAAAUUUUAUUUUAUAGUGCUUAAUUAAAAGAGGAUUGAUCCA